UUGAAGGCUCUCCACGUGUUAAACGCCAUACCUGCUGCGGAAACAUUAAUGAAUAUGCUUAAACCUUUCGUGAGGACGGACUUAUUAGGCAUUAUACAUUUCCACACGAAUAUAAAGAGCGCGAAGAAAUUUUUCCCCGUCGAGGCUUUGCCGAACGAAAUGGGCGGAAAAGCAGGACCUACGAAGGAUCUGAUUGACGAACACAUUAAAUUACUGGAGGAAUUUCGACCAUGGUUUCUACAGGACGAAAGAAUAGGGCGGGUGAACGAAUCUCUGCGAGUCGGCAAAUUCAAAAUGGCGGAUGAUUUGGCCGGCAUGGACGGUAGCUUUAAAAAGCUCGAGAUAGAUUAAUCAACGUAAAGCGACGAGGAAUAAAUCGUACUAUAACUACGUUAUUUGUCAACUUUUUUGUCAGCUUAUUUGCAAUUAUGCGACAGUCCGUAAUUACACGAAGACCAAGAUGCUACGUAAUUGCAGCUAAUCUCUCUCUCGCUCUCUUUUUUCUCCGUUCUAAUUACACGAAGACCAAGAUGCUACGUAAUUGCAGCUAAUCUUUCUUUCGCUCUCUUUUUUCUCCGUAAUAUAAAUAUUAAUUUUACCGAGUACGAUAAAAUGUGUACGUGCGUGUAUGUAAAACUAUACUGACAUUGAUAAUAAUUUCCAGUUAUAUGAUUAGCUCAUGCUUACGGCAAUAUUAUUUCCUGUUAUCCGUGCGCAAUGCGUGAUCAUUGGAUCUAAUUAAGUAUUGCUUCGCGGUUGUUUUUGCUGUAAAGAUGGGAUACUGGGAUCUUAGCCUACGCUCUUGGAGGUUACGGUUAUAUAAGGCCUACCGAAGAGUUGCACUUUUCGCAACGUAUAAUUUCACGCGCAUUACUUCGAUUGGUUUAUAAUAUAGAUUAGACUCGUAUACCUGGAGUAAACAAGCGUAGUUUUUUCGUGAUUUUGCACGAGCGCUGUUUUUGCUUCAAUCUAAUGACUUGUCAAUUUUAUUUAGCUAAAGGUCAUUUAAAAACUUGACUG